AAUAAUUAUUAUUCCCAAACUAGGCUGACGAUAUAUAUAUACAUACGCAGAAUACCAAUAUUAUUAAUCAUUAUUUUUUAUUGCUUUUAGUCUUGUGAGAGAAAAGAGAAAGUGAGAUAAAUAUUUAUAUAUAUACAUAUAAGUACUUCAUUCAGAAAAAUAUUAUAAUUAUGGAUUUAUUAUCGCACAAAAUUGACAAGAGCAGUUUGAAGAUUGGAGAUCACAUCUACACUUACAGAAACCUACACACAUGCACCAUUCAUGGAAUUUACGUGGAAAACGAUCGAGUGAUUUACUACAAAAGUAAGAACAACAAAAGCAAAUAUAGCGGAAAUUGUGAAAGGUGUGGAUACAAUCCAACAAGGAGUAGAGGAGUGGUGAAAUCGUGUUUGGAGUGUUUCCUUCAAGGCCACGGGCUGUACCUGUUCCAGUACGGAGUCUCCGAUGCCCAUUGCUUGAUUUGGCGAUCGGGAACAUGCCACACUGGGUCGCGGAUAGAUUAUCGUCCUACUAUUGUUAAUAAUGCGAAGGAGAUGCUGAAGGAGAGUGAGAGUAGUAGAUUAAUGCUAAAUAACAAUCUCAUUAAUGGGUGGUACGAUUUUUCCGACAAAAACAGCAUGUGCUUCGCGCUUAUGUGCACGAAGACGAAGAGAAAUAUUACGACAUGCAUACAAGAGAUUUCUGGCUUGUCUAAAUUGCGUGUCCUUGUGCUUGGAUUGCCUGUUGUUGGGGCGUUCUCUGAUUUUUCAAUUGAUCCGAUCAUUGAUAUCAUAAAAUUUAUAGGAUAAAUCACUAAUAGCUAGCACAUGCAAUACUGUGGGGUGUGUACUACAUAAUUUUAAUUUUGUUAAGCAGUCUGCUAAUAAGGUUGUGUAUGUACUGGCGCAAUCUUCUCUUGUGGAGGUUGACCAUACUUUUAGUACGUAGUGUUACUUUACCUACUGUAAUUGCUUCCUUAGUUUGCCUCUCGCCUGGGGCACUUACCCUGUGUUUGAAUCCUGUCGAUGUUAAUUUGUGUAAGUGUUUUGAUCAGGUUGUGUUUUGCUUUUGUCCUCGGUCUGAGAAUAGAGUGGCUGAUGCCUUAGCCGGUUGGGCAAGAGGUUCUAAGUCUGGUUCUCAAGGUGUGUUAAGGGACAUUGCCCGUGUGGCAAUGACUUUGUUCUAGUUUUGCUUUCAAUAAAAAGAUUUAUUUAGCAAAAAAAAAAAAAAAAAUUACUUCCUUAGUUUUGGAAGACUUGAAUUAAUGAAGUUUUUGUUAGACUU